ACGACUGUCAAUAUCCCACUCAUACAACAAUAUUACAGGCUAGAAAUCCUAUAAAUUUUGGAAAAUUAUGGCUGGACUGGUCCACUUGGCUAGAUUUUGCAGUAGACAAUCCAUUAAUAGUAAUAACAAAUCAUAUAGUACACUAACUCGUUAUACAAACUGCAAAUUCAAUGCUUCUGGUCAACGUGUGGCUGCACAUUUGCUUAUUUCAUCACGUACCACCGUAACCAAUGUGGAUGAUGGCACUUCAAAAUCAAAAAAGAAAGCAACACCGUUUACUCCUACUCCCGGCAGUAAAUUGUUAGGUGGCGUUUUUGUAAAGAAGACGCCUAAAGGUCCAGACCAAACUGUUCAAACGCUACCACAACAUAAUGUACUGCAACAAAUACAACCAAUACGACAAUGUCACAUUCAUCUAGGAGGUGUUAAUGGGGGUAGUUCUCUGGGUAAAUUAGAUGCACCUGAAGUAACAUCGCAGGACAUGCUGAGGGCAAUGAUGGCGUACAUUUGGCCAAAAGAGGAUCCUUUAGUUAGGAAAAGAGUAGCCAUAUCAUUGGGCCUUCUGGCGGGUUCAAAAAUGUUAACGGUUUGUGUACCAUUUUUAUUUAAGGGAGCUGUUGAUACUUUGGGUACCUUGUCAAUGGAUACACCAGUUGAUACUGUGUUAUCUGUUUCCACUGCCAUGCUGAUAGGCUAUGGUGUUGCUCGUGCUAGUGCAGCGGCUUUUAAUGAAUUACGUAAUGCUGUGUUUGCCAAAGUUGCCCACCAUUCCAUACGCAAAAUAGCCACCAAUGUUUUUCUACAUUUGCAUAAUUUAGAUUUAGCAUUCCAUCUCAAUAAACAAACUGGCGCCCUGUCAAAGACCAUAGAUCGUGGUUCAAGAGGUAUAAAUUUUGUUUUAUCUGCCAUGGUUUUCAAUAUUGUUCCCACCAUAUUUGAAUUGGCUUUGGUGUCCAGCAUUUUGGGUAUAAAGUGUGGCUUAGCAUUUGCUGGCGUCUCAAUGGGUUGUGUGGGUAUUUAUGCGGCCUACACUUUAUCUGUUACACAAUGGCGUACCAAAUUUCGCGUUUACAUGAACCAAGCUGAAAACGAAGCUGGCAAUAAAGCUGUAGACUCUCUCAUUAACUAUGAAACGGUGAAAUAUUUCAAUAAUGAAAAAUUCGAAGCUAACCGUUACAAUGAAGUUCUCAAAAAGUAUGAAUCGGCCAGUUUGAAGACCAGUUCCAGUUUAGCUCUAUUGAACUUUGGACAAAAUGCUAUAUUCAGCAGUGCUUUAAGUAUAAUCAUGGUUUUGGCAGCCAAUGAAAUUGCUAAGGGUAACAUGACUGUGGGCGAUUUGGUUAUGGUAAAUGGUUUACUUUUCCAAUUAAGUAUACCACUGGGAUUUUUGGGCAGUGUUUAUCGUGAAGUACGACAAGCCUUGUUAGAUAUGCAGUCCAUGUUCACUUUAAUGAAUGUUGAUAGUCGUGUUCAGACACGUCCCGAUGCCCCGCCAUUGAUUUUGGGCUCAGAUAAUGCCUCCAUAGAAUUUCAGAAUGUAAAUUUCGAAUAUGAGCAUGGAAAACCGAUAUUUAAGGAUUUGUCUUUCACAAUACCAGCUGGUAAGAAUAUUGCUUUUGUUGGCGGCUCAGGUUCGGGUAAAUCAUCAAUGGUUCGUUUAUUGUUCCGUUUCUUUGAACCAAAUGCUGGUAAAAUCUUAAUCGGUGGCCAGGAUAUAAGUGAAGUUGAUAUCGAUAGUUUGAGAAAAGCUAUAGCUGUUGUGCCUCAGGAUUCUGUGCUAUUCCAUGAUACCAUACAGCAUAAUAUACAUUAUGGCAACUUAAACAAAUCUCAAACAGAUGUGGAAAAUGCUGCCCGAAUGGCAGAUUUGCACGAUAACAUUAUGAGUUGGCCCAAACAAUAUGACACACAGGUUGGCGAAAGAGGUUUAAAGUUAUCGGGAGGUGAGAAACAACGUGUGGCCAUAGCCAGAGCGAUAUUGAAAAAUUCUCCCAUUUUAAUAUUUGACGAAGCCACCAGUAGUUUAGAUUCAAUAACGGAAUUGAAUAUUUUACAUGCUUUAGUUAGAGCUACUAAAGGAAGAACUAGUAUUUGCAUAGCCCAUCGCUUAUCUACCGUUAUGGAUGCUGACGAGAUUUUAGUACUUGAAAAUGGACAAGUAGGUGAACGCGGCACACAUGCCGAGCUACUUAAGAAAAAUGGUUUGUAUGCUCGUCUCUGGGAAACGCAAACACAACAAUUUUGAUCUUAAGUUU